GUGAGAAGACAGGCAGAGACAGACAUGGCAGAAUGACGAGGCUGGAAUAUAGGGACCAGAAAUGCAGGGAGAUAACUGGACAUUCAUUUUGGGUUUGAAAAAACGGACCAGGAAGGCCUUUGGGAUACGGAAGAAAGAGAAGGGAGACAAGGACAAUGACUCCACGGGGUCCCCUGACAGAGAUGGGGGUGAUCCCCAGCAGAAUGAAUCGUCCCAGAAGAAGGCCAAUGGAGCAGCUGUCAAUGGGUUCUCUGGAGAGAUCGACUGGGACAGAUAUAACACCCCUACAGUGGACGAUGAAGGUUACAGUCUCAGGCCAGAUGAGGAGGAGGGGCCAGGAUCAGCCGGCCCCAAACCCCCCAAGGAGCACUUCUUCUCCUCCAGCGAGUCAGAGGGAGAGGAGGACCACCGGAAAAAGUUUAAGAUCAAGAUCAAACCGUUACCGGCGGAAAGUGCCAACUGUUUGGCCCCGUCAGUAGAUGAACUCAAAGCCUCCAUAGGCAACAUAGCUCUGUCUCCCUCUCCUCUG